GAGCAUUUGUCGAAACGUCACUCCGCUCUCAAAACCCUUGUAUCGACUCUUGCCCCGGCCCCUACAACACCUUCCAUGUCUUGUUGCCCAACCGGGAGUGAGGAAUUCUUUCUAACAACAUUGCUGAUCGGCCACACCAGGUACUGAGCGCCUCUCACCAAGUCACAGCAUCAUGGAUCGUUGCAGUGGUGAUGAACCCUGGAUCUGUUACUCCGAACACUACGAGGACCUCCCGAAAUACUUGUACUUUGUCAAGCAUGCAGGAUCCCAAUCCUUUGAAGACAAUGACGGCACCUUUUGGGCAGCUGAUGGCUGCAACACAGGCCACCGAGGUCUAGUUCGUCUUCAGAACUUGAUUGACCAGCAUGUCAACUGGCGCAAUCGGGGCGCUACGCGCUUUAUCUCGACUUUCGAACAUUACAGACAUGCGCAAUACUGGGCUAUGCAGCGUGACGGACCGGUCACCAUCCACACAAUCAACACCUGUCUUGUGUGCGAGGACUGUCCUCCCAUCUUCUAUGCGCCUAGAUUUACCGACAACUGUUGGGAGACCAGCGAAUACCUGUUUCUCAACCGCAUCCCCGGUCAUUCUAUCAUUCGCAGCAGAAGUCUGUGA